AUGGCUUCCUACGGCCUGCUGGGCCAGCAAGAAGAAGACGCCCUUCACAAAUCGCGCCUUCUAAACGUCGAAGAAAAGCCCUUUAAGCGCAUCUCCAAGCGCAUCCUCAACCCAGAGUCCCUCGUCAUCUCCAACACCCAGACCGCAACCCCUCCACCAGAAGACUCCUCUUCAUCCUCACUCACCUCCGAAAAACAAAAACGCCUCGACGAAUGGCGCCAUUUCCGCGAAGAUGUAACCCUAGACUUCGUAGCCUUUGAAGGCAGCAUCGCGCGCAUCCAAUUCCUCCUGACAAGCAACGAAAAAGAGCGCGAGCGCUACGCGACCGAAAAACUCCGCAUCCUCGAAACAAUGCAAUCCGUCCGCGGCAACACAGCCGAACUACGCGCCCAACUAGACGAAGCACAGCGCCUCCUUGCCUUGCGGAAAAGCUACGACGAACUCGCCGACAAGAUCACCAGCAACAGGCUGCUCAAGCCGCGCGAAGACCAGCAGGCCAAUCUGCAAAAACUCGAGUCGGAAAUCACCGAGCUGGAGAAGGAGAGCAAGGAUUACGCUAUGACUUGGGCGGAGCGCCGCGAGCAGUUUGGCCGCAUUGUUGAGGAAGGUAUGCAGCUUCGUCGGCUGAUUCGUGAUGAGAAGGAGGAGGUUGAGCGGAGGGAGGGGAUGCAGGAGGGGGAGGAUGGGGAUGAGGGCGAUGCCAAUUCCAAAGGGAAGAUUAUCCUCGUCCGGAGGCGGAGGGGGGGCUCGACUCCGUCGCAGAGUCAGGAUGAAAGUGGGCGGUUGCAAGUUGAGAAGGGUGGGAAUGCGAGAGGGGUGUCGCCGCUGCGAAAUGCGACAAGUGUGCAAGGCGAAAAGUCUCGGUCUGAUCAAGAGGAUACAAAUAUGAUGGAUGAGGGUGAAGUGAGAGACGAUGAGACGGGCAACCACUCUGAUCUGGAGGAAGGCGAAGAAUUGCCCGAUGACCGAGACGGGGGGGAGCAUAUGGAUACCACCUGA